CGCCAUCUUAGCGAAAGUCCUCGCUCGCUCGCUGGGCCGGAAGUGGGCGCCCGCCGACGUGCGCACGCGUAGCUGACACGAUGCAGGCGUCCCGGCGCCUUCUGGCCGAGGCGCGCCGCCUGCUGAGCCGGCCCGCGCCCGGGCUGAUUCCCCGGAGGCUGCGGCACAAGAAGAAGUGGGCCUCCACGGAGCCCAAGUUCUCCCCCGCCCGCCUGGCCCUGCAGAACUUUGAUGUGAACUACAAGGUCCAGUUUGGAGAGCUGUGGCCCUCCGUCCGCGUCAGCCUCCUCUCGGAGCACAAGUACGGGGCCCUGGUCAACCACUUCUCCGCCUGGGACAAAGCCGUCUCCGAGCUAGAGCGGCUCCAGGCCCAAGAGUUCGUGACGCAGGCCCGGAGGAGGGGCCAGCAGGAGGCCUUCCCCCAAGGCCCCGGGGCGCCCCCCCGCCCCCCAGCAGCCCGCUGGCCCUGCAGCCCCAACCUGCGGUGCUACACGUUUGCCAGAGGGGACAUCGGCCGCUUCCGUCCACCCAGGGCCAGCAGCUUGGGCCUUCUCGACUACUACCUCCUGGACGCCUCCUCCUUGCUGCCUGUGCUGGCUCUAGACGUACAGCCGGGUGAUGCCGUCCUUGAUCUGUGUGCUGGGCCCGGGGGGAAGACGCUGGCCCUGCUCCUGACCGGCUGCUGCCGGGAGCCAUCCCAGAGUGGACAGCCUCCUCAGGAGCUGGUGGCGGCCCUCUCGGGUCACCUGACAGCCAAUGACAUCUCUGGCUCCCGAGCCAGGAGGCUAAGGCAGGUUCUCCGUAGUUACGUACCCCAGGAUGUGAACCACGUGCAAGUCACGUCCCAGGAUGGAAGGAUGUGGGGAGACCUGGAGAGGGACACCUAUGACCGGGUGCUGGUGGACGUGCCCUGUACCACCGACCGACACUCGGUGCUGGAGGAGAACAAUAACAUAUUCCAGCGCUCGCGGAAGACCGAGCGCCAGAUGCUGCCCAUGCUGCAGGUGCAGCUCCUGGUGGCUGGCCUGCUCGCCACCAGGCCCGGAGGGGCGGCCGUCUAUUCCACUUGCACCCUCUCCCACCUGCAGAACGAGUAUGUUGUGGGCGGGGCCGUUGAGAUUCUGGCCAAUCAGUACCAGAUCCACGUCCAGGUGGAAGACCUGAGCUGCUUCCGGCAUCUCUUCCAGGACACCUUCUCCUUCUUCCCAUCUUGCCGCAUGGGAGAGCUGGUUCUCCCCGUCCUUUGGGCCAACUUUGGACCCAUGUACUUCUGUAGGCUACGGAGACUGACUUAGCAGCUCGGCUGCCUGAGCCCCCUUCCCCUGCCGAACUCCUGUGGAUUUUCAGCACAGAGGCCCAGGAGGACCCGGGGAGAACUGGUGUGCUUUGUCCAAGCAGGUGGGAGAUGCUGGGAAAUGGGAUGGCACCCCCUCCAUUCCACCCUUUGUGACUCAGGGCCUGAUUUACUUUGGUGCCUUCUGAGAGCGCAGAGGAGGGGCUGGUCUUCCAGUGGGCACAAGGAGCAGUUGGGUGAGGCUCUGGCACAGUCCAGGGCACAUCACUUGUAUCUGUGGCUUCCUCUCUUCCUUGAAGUUUGAAGACUUAGGGCUCCUUACUCCUCCAGACCCACAACAGUGUUAGUGUGACGGAGGUGAUUUCAGGGCAGAGCUGCUGUUUCAGCCUUUGUUUCCUUAAAGUCCAUCACAAUGUCUGGCAUACACUAGGUACUUAAUAAAAGCAUAUGGAUUGGC